AUGCCGGCGGCGCAAAAUGUCCUCAUUACCUGGGUUCCCUUGCUCGCUCGGUCUUUGACCAAAUUGUCCCCACUCCCCCCCGAUUCUCCGGAAGGGGAAGGUCUUCGCACCCGAGUCCGUCGCACUUGGAGUCGUCUGCUCGAUGGCCACUGCGGCGUCGUCAACGUGAAGCAUCGCGAUGCCCGGUUCGAGGACCUGCCAUGCCAGAUCGCUGCGGUAGUGCCCGAGGGCACGUGGCAGGAUGGAGGCUGGACAGCUUCGGAAUGGUUGAGUAGAGAUGAGGAGCGCAAGAUGGCUCGCUUUGCGCAGUAUGCCAUGGCUGCUUCGGAGGAAGCGCUGGAAGAUGCUGGUUGGAAGCCUACAGCGUUUGAGCAGCGAGAAGCUACGGGCGUAUGCCUAGGGUCUGGGAUUGGGAAUUUUGAUGAGAUUUACGACACGGUCGUGGCUUAUGAGAAAGGGGGAUAUAGAAAGGUGUCUCCCUUGUUCGUCCCCAAGCUCCUGAUCAAUCUCGGGGCUGGACACAUCUCCAUGCGGUAUGGAUUCAUGGGACCCAAUCAUGCCGUCACGACAGCCUGCACAACCGGAGCGCACUCCGUCGGUGAUGCAGCUCGCUUCAUCGCUUGUGGCGAGGCGGACGUGAUGCUGGCCGGCGGCGCGGAAUCGUGUAUUCAUCCUCUAGCAAUCGGUGGCUUUGCCCGAGCGAGAAGCCUGGCCACCGAUUUCAAUGAUGCUCCCGAAAGAGCAUCGAGGCCCUUUGAUGCCGACCGCAAAGGUUUCGUGGUCGGGGAAGGAGCGGCCAUGCUCGUGCUCGAGGAGCUGGAGCACGCAAAGGCUAGAGGUGCCCGUAUCUAUGCAGAGUUGAACGGCUACGGCUGCUCUGGCGAUGCGCACCACAUGACAGCGCCCAAGGAGAAUGGCGAGGGUGCAUGGAUGGCGAUGAAGAAGGCUCUUAAAAACGCCAAAAUUUUGCCUUCUGCGGUGGAUUAUGUCAACGCUCAUGCCACAUCGACGAUUGUCGGUGAUGCUGCAGAGAACGCAGCAAUCAAGUCGCUUCUUCUCGGUCCUGGAGGAAAGCAGGACGCAGCCAAUAUCAACAUCAGUAGCACCAAGGGUGCCGUAGGACAUCUACUCGGUGGCGCGGGCGCUCUUGAGGCCCUAUUUACGGUUCUAUCAAUCCACGAGAAUGUGAUGCCACCAACCAUCAACCUCGAACGUCUAGCGGAAGGGUUUGAUUGCAAUUACGCCCCAAAUGAAACACAGGAGCGCCAGAUCACAGUUGCAUUGACCAACAGCUUCGGGUUUGGAGGGACGAAUAGUAGUCUGUGUUUCUCGAAGCAGGCACUGUAA